CGCAGAUGGUGUGAGGAAGAGUGGAGCGAGCAUAGAUGGCUUAUGCUGCAGUGAUUUCCCUUAUGCAAACAAUACAACGUCUUCGAAAUUCUUCUCGAUUUUCUCGAGAAAGCUUGGGAUCUGCGUCGGAGGAGGCGGCAUCCCUACAGAGAGUCUUGAAAGGACUCGACGAUCACGGCGGAGGCGGUGGCGGAGGGGAGAGGCUGGACGCUUUGGAUGGCCAGAUCAGAGAGGCGGCGAGCAAACUUGAAGAUUUUCUGAUACUCCAUCAAUCAGAUAAUGGUGGAGAUGAAUUAGUUUCUUCGGAGAUGAUGAGGUGGUUUGCUGAAACUGCGAAGAAGUUGAGGGAGGAUUACGCCGCAGAACUAGACAAUGACGAUGGGGGCGAGGGUGAGGGCGGUGGCGCAGAAUCAUCAGAAACUGAUGACUCCGGUGCAGACAUGGUUGGAUACUCUGAUGAACUGAACCAUGUGAAAUGGCACAUGAGAAACGCCGUGAGGCCAGACGACUGGGCGGCUGUGUCGAUGUUCGGGCGGCCGGGCACCGGAAGAUCGUACGGGGCGUGGGAGGUUUUCCAGUGCUCACAACAACUACAAACAUUCCACUGCGGCGUGUGGGUUACCGUAGCCCCCAACAGUCACCGGAAAGAUAUCCUCGGCGGCAUUCUCUCUCAGGCUCGAAUCUAUCUCAACUGUGGCAACCGGGAGGUUGCGGUGGGGGCCGGGCAAGAUGCCGCGGGGCUCAAGGGGAGCGAGGAGAACGAGGAAGAAUUUGCGAUCAGGUUCAGUCUGCUCAACAUACUGGCGGGGCGGAGGUACAUAAUCGUGUUGGAUAAUGUGAACAACACGGGAAUGUUGGAGUACUUGCUGCAGGCGUUUCCGGUGCAGAACAACGGGAGCGUAGUGUUGGUGACGACGAGCGCCGUCGACGUAAUGAACCAUCGGUCGCUGCUUUUAUCUGAAAACUCGGAAGAUUGGGCCUUACAGUAUGAGGACAUGUGGUGGGAUCUCCUCCGGUCUACGCUGUUGGGGUGGCAGCCGAUCUCGUCGGAGUUGGAAGAAGUGGGGAGGAAGGCUGUCCGAAACUGUAGAGGCCGCUAUUUUUGUUUGGUGAAGCUUAUCUUCUUGUUAUGGAAAGCCGACAGGAGUGUGGAGGCGUGGAGCCAGGUAGCCCAUGAUGAACACCAUCCAAUCUUCCACGAAAUUGUUGAUGAACUAUCAUAUGUACGUAAAAUCAAAGAAGACUUGAACAAUUUUACGGCUAGUGACAAGGCUGCCUUAUCCUAUUUCAUCGAACAUGUUGAUGUACCAACUAACGGUAAAUUUAUGAAGGGGAUGCUCUUCCCAGAAAGGAAGUUCUUCCCAAAGAUGGAAGUGAUCUCAUUUGUUGGAAUGGCGGGCAUUGGCAAGACAACAUUUGUUAAGAAGGUUUAUGAAUAUGUUAAGAUUUUGUCUGAAUACGAGAAUAUUGAUUUGCGUUAUUACGAUCACUGUGUGUGGCUUACUGUAGGCCCAAAAUACAAAUCAGAAGAUAUAUUCACAGAUAUUCUAGCUCAGAUAUUUCCAGACAUUGAUAAAAUGGAAAUUAAAGGAGAUGGUGAACUUGCUGGUGAUUUGAUCCAACUCUUGCUGAACAAGAGGCUCUUGAUUGUGUUGGACGAUGUGUGGAGCGAAGCUCCAUUGGAGCACUUGGUGAAGUUGUUUCCAAACAUCAAGGGCAGAGCUUUUGUGACUACUAGGAUAGGGAAAGUGGCACGUUCUGAAAAGGUCCACAUUGUUCGUGAAAUGCACUUACUAAGUAAAGAAGAAAGCUGGAAGCUUCUUUGUGAGAAGGUGUUUGUUGAAGAAGAUAAUUGCCCUUUUGAUCUGAGGAGAAGUGGGAUGAAAAUUGCUGAGAAUUGUGAUGGUCUCCCUCUCACGAUUCUCAAAAUAGCUAGCCUCAUAUCCAAAGACCUCACCGCGGAGUACUGGAACGAUGUAGCAAAGAAGAAUUCGGAUUUCGUGAGUGCGUUGCAAGACUUAUCUGAAACUCUAAUUCCAAUCUACAGCAACCUGCCUCAGUAUUUAAAACCCUGCUUUCUCUACAUGGGAGUGUUUCCGGAGAGCUGCGAGGUCUCCACCUACAGAAUCAUCAAGCUCUGGAGUGCUGAGGGUUUUCUCGAACAAGGAGAUGAAGAGUUCGCUGUAGAAUGCUUGUUGGAGCUUGUCGAUAGAAAUCUUUUGAUGAGAUCCGAUUCCGCAGCCAAGACUACUUGUCGCCUUAAUUCUGUUUUAUGGUAUCUAACCAACACUGAAGCAGCGAGGAGCAGCUUCUUCUAUGUCUUGAGAGGGACUACUUAUCGCGAUUCCAUCAAGGCGGCGCGCAGGUUCUGCAUCCGCAACUGCAUUUUGCUGAGCAUUAAAGACGUGCAUUGCGCGAUGAUGGGGUCGGCUUCAACUGCGCAUUCCUUUCUUUGUAGUGGCGAAUAUCAUCAGUACCCGGUGCCGGUAUGCUGGGAGCUGAGGCUGCUGAGGGUGUUGGAUGCUGCGGCAAUCCGUUUCUAUGAUUUCCCCAUUGAAGCAGUGGCGCUCAUUCAUCUCAGGUACCUCGCUAUCACCUGCGACGGAGGCCUUCCGUCUACCAUCUCCAAUCUGCGGAAUUUGGAAGUUUUGAUUGUCAGUCGCCAUCUCCGCCUGUCUGGAGAUUCUUCCUACCUGCCUAUGGAGAUAUGGGAUAUGAAGGAACUCAGACAUAUUCAGGUCACAGGAAGCAACCUACCGAUCCCUAAUACUAGCGGCGCCGUCUUACCGAACCUGGUGACUCUGUUGGAUGUGGGCUACCACACUUUCACUGAGGAGGUUCUGAGAGGAAUCCCCAAUCUACAAAAGCUAGGGAUUCAGAUUGAUUUGGCGCCUGGUGAUGCUCCUGAUCCCUUUCAUGAAUACCUGAACCGGAUCUCCAGUCUCAGCAAACUAGAAUCACUGGAAUGCGUGGUGGUGAAUCCUGAGGUUGAGCCCGGGGUUGCUCCGCCGGCUCCUCGCUCGAUGUUCCCGCCGAGUCUGGAACGGCUGAGCUUGAGCGGGCUGGGGUAUCCAUGGGAGUACAUGAGUAUCAUUGAAGAGUUGAAGAAUCUCAGGGUGUUGGAGUUACGAGGAUACGCUUUUCAGGGAGAAAAGUGGGAGACAGGUUUGAGGGCUUUCCGAAAACUGGAACGUCUUGUGAUUGAAGAUACAGAUUUGGUGUGGUGGAAGACUACAGUUUACAGCUUUCGUAAGCUUAAACAUCUGAUCAUUAAACACUGUUACAUGUUGGAAGAAGUCCCUAGUAGUGUUUUGGCGGGGCAUCAUACAUUUGAAGUAGUUGACUGCAAUCCUUUGGCUGCGGCGAAUUGGAAAGAGAUGAUAAGAAUGAGGAGUGGAAGCAUCGCACUUCCAGCGGCUACAGAUCGACAUUCAAAACUUCAUAUGAACUUCUCUUGGGAAGUCGGUAAAAGUAGCAAAAGCCGGCCCUCGUUACCAGGCAUAGCAGCUUCCGCACUCAGGCCGCCACCCCCUGUCCAUCUCCCCCGUCGCGCUGUCAUCGUUAGACAACUACUUCAGGGGCAAGUCGAGCCGAGUCGGGCCGAGAUGCAUAGACAUCGCGACCAUGCCACUUCGCGUACGGGUGCAAUGCACCAUGAUCCUCUGAUGCAGGAUCCUCCACGUCAGAGGCGCGGGAUGGGCGACGCUGACGUGGAUGAGAUUAGUACUCCCCCAAGGCCCCCAUUUUCAGCCCUUCAGAAGCAGUCUUUCUACGAGUUUCCACGAUCAGGCUCGUACUCCGACGUGGACGACCAUCAGAUGCACCUUUUGAAACAAAUCCAACAGUGGUACAUUGAACAACAACAGAGACUAGCCGUUCAGGAGCAGCCUAGUAUGAGCAUUACGUCGGCUGAAUUUCUCCUCCAUCAAUCGCAUCAUGGCGGAGAUGAAUUACUUUCUUCUGAGAUGAGGUUGAGGGAGGAUUAUGCAGCGGAACUAGACAAUGACGACGGGGGCGGGGGCGAGGGCGGUGGCGGUAGCGGUGGCAGUGGCGCUUCAUCAUCGGAAACUGAUGACUCUGAUGCACACAUGGUUGGAUACUCUGAUGAACUGAACGUUGUGAAAUGGCACAUGACUAAAGCCGUGAGGCCAGACGACUGGGCAGCUGCGUCGAUCUUCGGGAAGUUGGGCACCGGAAGAACAUACGCGGCGUGGGAGGUUUUCCAAUACGUACGACAAGUAGAAGCUUUCAAGUGCUGCGUGUGGGCGGCCGUGGGCCCCAGACGUCACCGCAAGGCGGUCCUCCUGGGCAUCCUCUGCCUGCUUCUGAACAUAGUAAACGGUAACAGAGGAGGCGACGGGAAGGCGGCGGAGGUCGGAGAAGACGACAUGUUGUUCGAGGUGAGCGAGGAGGACUACGUGAGGGGCGGUGUGGCCGAGCUACUGGCGGGGAAGAAGUACAUGAUCGUGUUGGAUGACGUGGAUGACACUGGAAUGUUGGACUACUUGCUGACGGCGUUUCCGGUGCAGAACAACGGGAGCCUAGUGUUGGUGACGACCAGCGCCGUCGACGUCAGAAACCAUCCGUCGCUGCGUCUAACUAGUACUAACUUGGAAGAUCGGGGCUUACAAUAUGAGGACAUGUGGUGGGGUCUUCUCCGGUGUAAGCUGUCGGGGCCCGUCUCGCCGGAGUUGGAGGAAGUGGGAAGGAAGGCUGUCCGGAACUGUGGAUGCCGCUUUUUUUGCUUUGUGAAGCUUAUCUUCUUCUUAUGGAGCACCGACUGGAGCGUGGAGGCGUGGAGCCAAAUAGCCGAUGAUCAACACCAUCCAAUCUUCCACGAAAUUAUUGAUGAACUAUCAGAUGUACGUAAAAUCAAAGAAGACUUGAACAAUUUUACAGAUAGUGACAAGGCUGUCUUAUCCCAUUUUAUCGAAGAUAUUGAUGCACCAACUGGCGUUCAAUUUAUGAAAGAGAAGCUCUUCCCGAAAAGGAAGUUCUUCCCGAAUAUGGAAGUGAUCUCAUUUGUUGGAAUGGCGGGCAUUGGCAAGACAACAUUUGUUAAGAGGAUUUAUGAAUAUGUUAAGAUUUUGCCUAAUUAUGAGCAUUGUGCGUGGCUUACUUUAGGCCCAAAAUAUAAAUCAGAAGAUAUAUUCAUAGAUAUUCUAGCUCAGAUAUUUCCAGACAUUGACAAAAUGGUAAUUAGAGAAGAUGCAGAACUUGCUAGUGAUCUUAUCCAAGUGUUACUGAACAAGAGGGUCUUCAUUGUGUUGGACGAUGUGUGGAGCGAAGCUCCAUUGGAGCACUUGGCGAAGUCGUUUCCAAACAUCAAGGGCAGAGCUUUUCUGACUACUAGAAUAGGGAAAGUGGCACGUUCUGAAAAGAUGCACAUUGUUCGUCAAAUGCACUUAUUAAGUAAAGAAGAAAGCUGGAAGCUUCUUUGUCAAAAGGUGUUUAUUGAAGAAGAUAACUGCCCUUUUGAUCUGAGGAAAAGUGGGAUGAAAAUUGCUGAGAAUUGUGAUGGUCUCCCUCUCGCAAUUCUCAAAGUAGCCAGCCUCGUGUCGAGAGACCUCACCGCGGAAUACUGGGACGAUGUAGCAAAGAAGAAUUCGGAUUUCGUGAGUGCGUUGCAAGACUUAUCUGAUACACUAGAAGCUGUUGUUGAAGAGCAACGACCCGCAGCUGCUUUGUUGCCACCGUACGCGAGCAGUGCGACUCCACGUCCGCUUUCGCCAACGCUACAAACAAGGUUUGCAAAGUAUAUGUCCGAUGCUGGUUCAGGAGGUCGAGUGCUGGCGAUGGUCCUUAAGGAGAGUGACGGCAACUCCCUAGAGUAUGAUUUUUUUGCAGAUAUCGUGGACCAGAGCAAAGAUUUGGUGAUUGGGGCUAUUGAUUUGUACAUGUUGGCGUUGAGGAUUAGGUUGAUCGCCAAGAAUGUUCUAUUACAGAGUGUUAACUCUGAUAAAACCAUCGUCUGCGACACCGAUUUAUUCAUAUACUUGAACAAUGAGUGGGUGAAGAUAUGUAAUCACUGGCGUGAACUCCAAUCCACGCGUGAAGAGGACCACGUUCAAUUUGGCGAUGAAAGUUACCGCAGUUGGAGACCCGAAGAGGAGUGGGUCAAUGCAAUUCGAGGUAUAGGCGUUCCGAAUACUCAAAGAUCAUGGAUCAAUGCAACUCAGGUUAUUGUCCCUUGUCUCGUCGGUUCACACUAUGUUGUAUGUCGAUUAGAUCUCCAUGAGGGGAUCUGUGAGUUAUACGACUCGCUCCAUUAUUGUCUUAAUGAAGAUACUCGUGCAUACCGAGUUCAACAACUCUCUGGAAUACUUAAGCUACUAGCUCGUUUGUUGUUGUUUGGUGAAUGGUUCGCUUAUAGUCCGAUUCGAUCUCCCAAUUUCCAAAAUCGGAUGGAAUUUAUUUUGAGGGUAGCUGCACCGACACUGCAGUUUAAUCAGGCAGACAAUAUUAGUUGCGGCGUAUUCUGUUGCAUGCAAGUAGAGCGGCUUAUUGCCGAUUCACCCUCCAUUGAAUGGGGUCAUGACCACGUCACCGAGUAUAGGUGGAACAUUGCUGCUAGGAUAUUUGAUUUGUGUGAGACCCUAGAGGUAGAGCUAGAAGACUUACGGGUUUGUCCAGAUUUGUCCAAUUGAGUAUAAGAGGCUGCUUUCUCAUUUUUCUAGGGCACAUUUUCCCAGAAGCAGUUCUAGUCGCUGCUGCAGACACCAUUUUCAUAGUUAGGGUUUAUUCGCUUUAAUAUUUCAUUCUUACACCUAGAGUAAUUCAGUAGUUAAAGAUUAUUGUUCAGUUAUCGUCAUUUACUGUAAGUCACUAUUUAUUGCCUAGAUAAUACUCUUGAUUUAUGAUUUCAUUGCAGUA